GAGAUCCAGCGGAUCGCUUUCGCGUGUCAGUGUUGUGGUGUUCGCGCGAUCCGUUAUCUUUGAAACCGCACAAGACAACACACAAACCCGCACACGUAUAAGCAAUUUUUGCAUUUACACCGUUCUCGCCGCGGUAGUGCAAUUUCAAUAUUUUGUUUUGGAUAGUUUUUCAGUUUUCUUUUUUUAAUUUAAACUUUUGUGUUUUUUGUGCUGCACAGUGGUGGCCGCCGUUUAAAACAGCCCGACAAUUAUUGCCGCCAUGAGGAUUUUACCGUACGUGUUCCUCCUGUUGAUGGGUAUGUCUUGGAGAUGCGUGCAGUCUACAUGCGUGCUGGAAACCGAUUUUGGACUGUCCAUCAACUGCGGGUUGAGAAAAUCCGGAAUGUUUCGGGUCAGAAAUCUCGGAGGCCUCAAAGGAUACGUGGGUCUAGGCAUCCAAUUGGCCGACGAGCUCGGUUUCAAAGACUCUCUAUCAGCCGUGGAACAAAACAAACGGCGUUCCGUGAACGGUUUUCCUGCGCCCGGAUCGUUCGAACCGCUAGCAGUGCCAUCGGAAACCAGUCAGACGGCGCCUAAUCAAGUGAUGCAAAACGCUGACCGAUCGGCGUACGCCAAAAUGAACGGCAAAAACAGACAAGCUAUUCCGCCGUUCCGGCCGUUGGUGUCGGCUGCCAACAACAUGGUGCGAAACGUCCGCCUUGCUCAGCAGCAACAGCAACUGCAGCAACAGCAACUGCUGCAACAGCAACUGCAGCAACAGCAACUGCAACUGCAGCAACAGCAACUGCAGCAACAGCAACCCCUGCUCAAGCCCCUUCCCGUACCCGCAUUCGCCGCCCUGCCGGAGUCCAUAGCCAAAGUCACAGUGGCACCGUCGACGGUUCCUCCGCCACCGCCACCGCCACUACCGCCACAGCAAAGACAACCCCAGUCGUUUUCAAAACUCAUUCCACAAGUACAACAGCUGGCGCCGCUUUACAAACCGUUCACUAUGCAAGGCGCGUCCAACAGAAGAUAUACUGCGUUCACCCGGAGUCCCGCCAACUCCAUCGAGUCCCGGCCGAUGCCCAUUGUCGUGGUGCCCAUGGGCGGGAUGGCGGGCGCAAUGCCUUACACGAAAGCCGAACUACCGGCGCCCCUGUCCAACGACGUGGACCCCGCGGCCAUGGCCUCGCUGUUCAACGUCGCGGCCGCCAACAACGUGAGCGCGGACCAACUGGCGCUGGCGCUGCGGUACCAACAGCAGCGGGUGGCCUACGCCCAGGUGUUGCCGGCCAGCACGACCACGGUCAGCACGACCACGACCACCACGCCGAUGCCGCUGACCACCGCCGCCGCCCCCGCCGCCGCCGCGGUCAGCUUCGACGAGUCGCCCGUGACCAAGAAAAUCUCGAUGAAGCCGUACAAGUCCAAGUACAGCACCGGCGGCCAGAAGGUGAUGAACGCCCCCAAGGAAUACUACCCCGUCAGCUACGACAAGAACUUUGACGACAACUUCACGUCCAAGGUGGACUUGCCCGACACGAGUUUCAGCUGCGGCGAACAGAAGCACUUCCCGGGCCUGUACAGCGACGAAGACCUCGGUUGCAUGGUGUUCCACGUGUGCGCUUUCACCGACGAAGGGCUGACGCAGAAGAGCUUCCUGUGUCCGGAGUCCACGCUAUUCGACCAGACCAUUUUGAAAUGCAACUGGUGGUUCUACGUGGACUGCAAGUCUUCAAGAAAGCUGUACGACAGCAACAUACCGAUAUCGAAGAGCUAUCAGCUGAUGAAGGCGCUGACCUUCUUCUCUUCCUACAACACCGGACCUUUGACCGACGACAAGCACAACUCCACCAGCGAAUCCACCAGCGGCGCCACUUCGGUGUCACCGCCGGCCCCACAAGUCAACAUCACCGGCAUCUUGGAAGACGUUUCGACCAGCCGGCGGUGAUAGCACUGGGCGGUUUUCAAAAAAAAAAAAACGACUUAACCUACUUGUACUUAGACAGUUAUAGACAGACAGACCGACUGCAGUUGUCAUUGUACCGUAGUACAAUAGACUUGUUAAGGUCUGUGCCCUCUUUCUCCAACCCACUAUGACGUCAUGUCGUUGCUCUCCCUCACUCUGUUUACAAAACGUACAAGGUUCGAUUCGUUUAAGCAUAAGUAACACUGGUUUGUGCUUAAAAUAGUAAUUGCAAUUUUAUAGUUUUGAAAAAAAAAAAUGUUGUUUAUGUUGAUCGUAAAUUAUUAUGAAAUUACAAAAGUCAUACUUAAAUGGGCACGUAUAUAUUUAAUUGACUUUUUAAAUUAACAUUUAUUGGCCUAGAACCAGUUUUGGAUGAUUACUCUUAGAGUUAAAACUUUAGGACUGGAUGAAAGUGGAGUGUAGUGUUAUUUUUAUCAGUGCGAAUUACACUACAGUAAACCCCGUCCUAAAAUUUAAACUUGAGUAACGUAAUUAUCCAAAACCGGGUAUCGACCAGUCAAAGUUACCCGUUGAGUUUCAAAAGUAAUUGACAGAGCUCAGUAAAAAAAAAAAAAAAAAUCAGAUAAAAA